AUGCCUGAGUUGGCUAAAUCCGCCCCGGCUCCGAAGAAGGGGUCCAAGAAAGCGGUGACCAAGGCCCAGAAGAAAGAUGGCAAGAAGCGCAAGCGCAGUCGCAAGGAGAGCUACUCUAUCUACGUGUACAAAGUGCUGAAGCAGGUCCACCCGGACACCGGCAUCUCGUCCAAGGCCAUGGGCAUCAUGAACUCAUUUGUCAACGACAUUUUCGAGCGCAUCGCGGGCGAGGCGUCGCGCCUGGCGCAUUACAACAAGCGUUCGACCAUCACCUCCAGGGAGAUCCAGACGGCCGUGCGCCUGCUGCUGCCCGGGGAGCUGGCCAAGCACGCCGUGUCCGAGGGCACCAAGGCCGUCACCAAGUAUACCAGCUCCAAGUGAGCCGGCCCGCUGCCACACAUGACCCAAAGGCUCUUUUCAGAGCCACCUACACUUUCAGAGAAAUAGCUGGUGCACUUGCCUGUAGUCUAGCUUCUCUCGGGAGAGUAGGGGGCUGGUUUGGGAGCGGAAAACGGGGU